UUCUCAGCUCUUAGAAGACCAAAGUAAAAGGGAACUCUCACAUUCUCCUGCUGCAGGCCCAGCAGCAUCUGGAACGCACUGAUCCUUGUAAUCCUUGUUCUCAGGAAAUAUUAAUGAUUUAAUCUCCCCAGCUCAUUCUGGCUUCUAUGCGGUCCUGUCAGUGAGACUGACAGACAAGACCUGGAGAAGUCCAGAUUGUAGCAGUGCAUUCUGCUCGCCUUGCCACAGACUGCCUCCGAAGCCCUUUAUCGUGGCCUCUGCACUGAGUUAACCAGAGGGAUUCCCAGCUAUGGGUGAGGUGACAGCAGAAGAGGUGGAAAAGUUUCUGGACUCAAAUAUUGGCUUUGCCAAAAAGUAUUAUGACCACCACUACCGGGCUAAGGUUAUCUCAGAGCUUCUUGGAGCCAAGGAGACAGCCGUGGACUUCAGCAGCUACCACUCACUGAGCAGUGUGGAAGAGAGUGAAAUCAUUUUUGAUCUCAUACGGGACUUCCAGGAAAAUUUACAUGCAGAGAAGAGCAUCUUCAACGUCAUGAAAAAGCUGUGCUUCCUCCUGCAGGCAGACCGGAUGAGCUUGUUCAUGUACAGGGCCCGUAAUGGUGUUGCAGAGCUCGCUACCCGGCUCUUCAAUGUCCACAAGGAUGCUGUCUUUGAAGACUGCCUGGUCGUGCCUGAUUCAGAGAUCGUCUUCCCGCUGGACAUGGGUGUCGUGGGACACACUGCACACUCUAAAAAGCUUACCAAUGUCCCCAACACAGAGGAGGAUGAGCAUUUCUGUGACUUUGUGGACAACCUCACAGAGUACCAGACCAAGAACAUCCUGGCUACCCCCAUAAUGAAUGGGAAAGACGUAGUGGCUGUAAUCAUGGCUGUGAAUAAAGUAGAGGGCUCCCACUUCACCAAGAAAGAUGAAGAGAUUCUUCUCAAGUACCUCAAUUUUGCAAAUCUAAUCAUGAAAGUGUUCCACCUGAGUUACAUGCACAACUGUGAGACUCGACGUGGCCAGAUACUGCUAUGGUCUGGCAGCAAAGUCUUUGAGGAGCUUACGGAUAUCGAGAGACAGUUCCAUAAAGCCCUGUACACAGUCCGCGCCUUUCUCAACUGUGACAGAUAUUCUGUGGGUCUGCUAGAUAUGACCAAGCAGAAGGAAUUUUUUGAUGUGUGGCCAGUUCUGAUGGGUGAGGCUCCACCCUACUCUGGUCCCAGAACUCCAGAUGGAAGGGAAAUUAACUUUUACAAAGUCAUUGACUACAUCCUGCAUGGCAAAGAAGACAUCAAAGUAAUCCCGAAUCCACCUCCUGACCACUGGGCUUUAGUAAGCGGUCUCCCUACAUAUGUUGCUCAAAAUGGCCUGAUUUGCAAUAUCAUGAACGCACCUGCGGAGGACUUUUUUGCGUUUCAGAAAGAGCCGCUGGACGAGUCUGGAUGGAUGAUUAAGAACGUCCUUUCAAUGCCAAUUGUGAACAAGAAGGAAGAAAUUGUUGGGGUGGCCACGUUUUACAAUCGCAAAGAUGGGAAGCCCUUUGACGAAAUGGAUGAGACCCUCAUGGAGUCUCUGACUCAAUUUCUGGGAUGGUCUGUCUUAAAUCCUGACACCUACGAAUCCAUGAACAAACUUGAAAACAGGAAAGAUAUUUUCCAGGACAUUGUGAAAUACCACGUGAAGUGUGAUAAUGAGGAAAUUCAGAAAAUCCUGAAAACCAGAGAGGUGUACGGCAAGGAGCCAUGGGAAUGUGAGGAAGAGGAGCUGGCGGAGAUCCUGCAAGGUGAGCUGCCAGAUACAGAGAAAUAUGAAAUUAAUAAAUUCCACUUCAGCGAUUUGCCCCUCACAGAACUGGAGCUGGUGAAAUGUGGGAUACAGAUGUAUUAUGAACUCAAGGUGGUGGAUAAAUUUCACAUUCCACAAGAGGCCCUGGUGCGGUUCAUGUACUCGCUGAGCAAAGGCUACCGCAGGAUCACCUAUCACAACUGGCGGCAUGGCUUCAACGUGGGCCAGACCAUGUUCUCCUUGCUGGUGACAGGAAAGCUAAAGCGAUACUUCACUGACCUGGAGGCCUUGGCCAUGGUCACUGCUGCCUUCUGUCAUGACAUUGACCACAGAGGCACCAACAACCUCUACCAGAUGAAAUCCCAGAACCCACUGGCUAAGCUCCAUGGUUCCUCCAUCUUGGAAAGGCACCACUUGGAAUUUGGCAAAACACUGCUGAGAGAUGAGAGCCUGAAUAUCUUUCAAAACCUCAAUCGGCGCCAGCAUGAGCAUGCAAUCCACAUGAUGGACAUCGCAAUCAUUGCCACUGACCUUGCUCUGUAUUUCAAGAAGAGGACAAUGUUCCAAAAAAUCGUGGAUCAGUCGAAGACGUAUGAGAAUGAACAGGAGUGGACACAGUACAUGAUGCUGGAGCAGACAAGGAAGGAAAUUGUCAUAGAUCCCCUAGUCUCUAGGGUUUUGGUUCAACGUGAGAAGACGCCAGCUCCUUCCAGCGCUCUGGUUAUUUCUGAAUGUUUCUGUCUGGAGCUUCUGUGGUCUGAGGUCCUCGCCUCCAUGCCUUGAUGUGUCCAGUGUCUCCAGGCUCCUCCUCACCACUCUUGUGCUGCCCUACCUCAGUCUCCGCACUCAAGGGCCAGGAUGCCAGGAUGCCCCGGGGUGUGACUGCCCAUUUCUCUUCAUGUCCUUUGUCUCCGCUUAGUUCCAGCUUUCAUGAUUUUUUUAGUACUGGUGAUUGAACCCAGGUUACUUUAAGACAGAGUCUCACUAAAUCCCUGAGCUGCUCAGACUGGGGCUUAAAUUUGUGCCCUUUCUGCCUCAGCCUUCCAGAUGCCAGGGUUACAGCAGUUUUUGCACUUGACAGUGACAGGCUGUCAUACUCGACAGUGACCCAACUCAGAGCUGGAAGUGCUCGGAGGUUCUGCAGGGCUGGGACAUGAGGCUGCUGUCUGGUUUUGUGAACUCAUAAGCUAAGAAUGGCUAUUAUGUUUUUGAAUGACUGAAAAAAAUCAAAUGAAGAAUAUUAUCUCUGAGAAAGAAAAAUUUAAGACAACAAAAUAUCUGUGUCUAGAGAUAAAUUUCUGUGUGUGUGUGUGUGCAUGCACAUGUGUACACACUCACUGGGGACUGACUCCAGGGGCUUGUGCCUGCUAAGCUCUAUCACUGAGCUAUACUCCGAGCCCUCAAACUUUAUUAUUUUAUAGAGGGCUGAAUUCAGACUUCACAGAGCCCUGGGCUCUUUUGCCUUUCUGGUUCCUUCCUCUAUAAAAAUAAAUCAAUUAAUCAAACAAUCAUACUUUAGGACUAUGUUGGCAUUAAGAGAAAUAUAAUCCAGGAAGACUAUAUUCUUAUGUAUUUGCUAUUGUUCUAUCUUAUUUUCUGGUUUUGAGAGAAAAUUAAAAAUCAAAUAUUUUCACAGGUCCUAAAAAGUUAAUACAGUCCUUCCGCCCUGCCAAAUGGAUAAGUCAACCUGCUUUUCCCUAUAAUGUAAGACUGUCUGAGUCACAAAGAUGGAGCUGAGUAGGUGCAACAGAGAUCAUGUGGCCUGCAAAAUCUAAAAAGUUUACUACGUGGCCCUGUGCAGAAAAGCUUGCCAACUCCUGGUCUAGUGUUUUACAAAGCAGGAAAGUGACUUACAUAGUGACACACAAGUAUUCACAGGUCUAAGACAGGACCCAAGUUGUACCAGCCCUCUCUUGCACACCCAUGGCUUCCUCAGACUGCUCCAGGGUCUUCUGGAAGGGUGUAGGUGAACAGCAGACACACAUGGGGCUGGCAAGAGGAGAGCUGGAAUGUUUUCCAUGGGAAGUCCUUGGGAGGCAGGAAGAGUGGCACUGAGCCUCAUGGCCUCCCAGCUGAGGUCAGGGAGCACCGUUUAUCUUGGGAAUGCACAAGAAUAAAAGUUCAGUUUGCUUCAGGUCAGCCUAGCUGCCACACUCAGUGACCAGAAUGAUUAAUUCGAUCAAGGCGCUAAGUUAAAGACGCUGGGUGUUCUACAAAAUCAACUUCUGUGUUGUGACAGUAACCCUAGGGAGGCACAUUUAUUAUACCAGAUCACAGGAAAUUGCUGGGUUUCAACUGUUUCGGAUCCACAAAAUCAGAUUUUCAUAGGCUCCAACCUAAUUAUCUCAUUUUACAAACCAGCUAAGGCUGAAAGAUAUUGAGUUCCUUGCUCUGAUCAGAGCCAGUCAGGAGACAGAAGACGGAAUCAGCAUGGAUUCCAAAGCGCUUCUGUUAAACCCCAGUCCACCCACCUUGAUGACUCUGGCCAAUCAAGAAGAUAAGGCUUGAGUUUGUGAGCCCACAGACCUCUGUGGCCCACUCUCACGCUCUUCUGCAUUAUAGCCCGGCCAUCCCCCACCCUCUUGUGCUUUGGCCUCCUCCUUCCUCAUUUCUCACAUAUUAUCUCCUGCAGGUCCUGUAGAAUUUAUUGCGUAAAUGACAUGCCUCUGGACACUUUCACCACCACCUCCAUCUGCCUAGACCCUGCAGGCCCUUCCAUACUGGGUCCCUGACAUGUGUCCCUGUCUCCUCCACAUGGAAACCACUGACCUUUGUGAAAUGCAGAUCUGAACAUGUCAGCUUUCUGUUCAGAUCCUCACUGGCUUUUCCCAUUGCCCUGAAGAUACAUCUCUGCCACAAGCUGCCCAAGUGCCACAUUUUAAAUGAUUGGUAUCUGCUCAUCUCCGGGACACCUCUAAUAUCACUCCUGAGCUCUGCCUUCCUUCCAGCCUACUAGAUGCCAGGCUUCCUUACCCCAGGGCACCAGCUGUUCUCUUUGGCUGCUGUGUUUCCUCUGCUUUCUUCUUUGUCAGGUUAACAGCUCUGCGCAUGCUCCACACAGCACUGCACAGUUAAUAGCUCAACAGGUGCUUCCUCAGGGAAGCCCUCACUGACCUCCCCAGUUCAUGCCAUGCUGUCUUCAAGAAUGAACCUCUUUUCUAUGGGCAGUUGUUUGUUUACAUGCAUUUGCAAAAUAAAAGUGCAGUUCCCCACGUCUGCAAGCUCCCCCAAAGCAGGAACCAUGUGAACCCCCUCCUGCCGGUGCAGGAGGGAUAGGUGAAUGCUCCUUAUCACCCAUCUCCUGGAGGCCCUGUGUCUGCACACUCUCCACCUCCAGCAUGGUGCCUGUUCUUCUGGCCCCCUUAAUGGAGAGUGUCUCAGCUCAGGCUGAAUGAAAAUGUGACCAUAGACAUUUCUCUCUCACAAUUCUGGAGGCUAGAAAUCCAAGAUCGAAUUGGUUUGUGGUGAGGCUCGCCUUCUGGCUUACAUACAGUUGUCUUCUGGUCAUACUUUUACAUAGUAGGAAGAGGAAGCUGUAAUGUUUUUCUCCACUUAGCACCAAUCCCAUUGUGGGGUUCCAGCCUCAUGACGUAAUCUAAAACCAACUAUGUUCAAAAGGUCCUAAUACCAUCAUACUGAAGUUAAGCUUGCAACAUCCAAACAGGGUGGGGACCACAGAUAUUCAGGCCACAUCGGAGAGCUCCUGUGUACCCCUCAAGACCCUAUUAUACUGUCAUUCUUUAGGUGCCCCCUGAGCUGAGAUAGCUGUUCAACCUUUAGGGUUUUUUCUUUUUAGUUGCUUGAGUUCCUGCGGGCCUCACUGGGUACCCCACUCUCAACAUGUUCCUUAGGACCCCAGCACACAUCCGCUGUGAUACUGAAAUAAUGCUAUGCCUCACCCCUAGGACAUGAGACCUGUCAGCUUUUUUCAUCCUCUCUGCUAAGUGUCCUCUCAUUUCAGGGACACAUUCUCUCUGCUGAUGAAACACUUGGGAGUGUUUUCAUGUGACCUCUGAAGUCAAGGAAAGCAAACAUCUAGUGAUUUCCUGAAGCCAUAUCCGUGGAUUUAACUGUAGGCAGUGACAUAUCAGGAAAUGAGGACUACGCAUGGCUGAGCUACUGUUUGCUUAAUCUGUUUGAUACCAAGCUUCACAAGUUCACAGCAUUCAACACUAAGCAUAAGGCAUGCAUUGCAAACAUGUGCCCUUUUACACAAAUAUGUGCCCUUUUACACGUACACAAAGGGUAUCACAAAGGUGUUUCUAAGAAUGUACGCAUUUCUGAAAGUUUAUUCACUGAAAGGAUCAUAAUUUUGUGAAGGAUUACAUAAUGAAAUAUUUUAUUCAAACUUGUUAAUAUUUUAUAAGUAACGUAGUCUCCCAGAACUUAUAUAAAACAUUAUAUAAUUCACCUGAUUGUGAAAUCAGCUAUGUAACACGUUAUGUUCAGAGCCCCAGCCCUCUGUAACAGCCCACACCUAGUCCCCCGCAAUCAGUCUCCCCAGGUCAGGUUGGCUCUGCCCUCAGUGCCCGCCUCGGUAGGCAGGCAUCACUGCAGGCAGCCCGAAUGCUGCAGUGUCUGCCGCCUUCUCUCCCUCUCUCUCCUUUCUUAGCUCCUCCCCACACCUGCGGCACAGCUCUGAGGAGGUGGCAGCCUCCUUUGCUUGCCUCUGCCACUUACUGAGUACAGUGUGGAACUUAAUGCCCACACCGCCUGGCCCUGGAUUGUCAUGCCUUUGCACCACCCCCACC